UUUACUUUUUGAUACAGUUUGUUUCACUUUCUUGAACAUUUUCAUAUCUCAUGCAUGAUUCAACCAAUGUGGUUUCCUGAAAAAAAUCCCCACCAUGAACGCUAUAAAACAGGAAGCGUCUAGACCAUGUGCAGUGUAUUUCUGUUUGUCUAAGAGCUGAACACUGGCACCAAGAGGAGGAACUCUCCUCAUCCCUGACAACGAAUAAUGGAUCCCACAUCUUGUCCUAACGUCAACUUUACCUUUCCACUGAAUUUCCUGCCUCCUGUCUUCAUCUUGGUGUUCGUUUUCGGACUCAUAGCGAACGGAUGGGGACUUAACUCUUUGUGGCGCAACUGGAGGAAACUGGGGAACGUCAAUGUCUUCAUCCUCAACCUGGGAAUUGCAGAUAUUUUGUAUCUGCUCACGCUUCCUUUUCAGGUCGCUUACUACCUUAACAAGAGAAGAUGGAUCUUUGGAGAAGCUUUUUGCAAAGUGACAAGGUUCUGCUUCAACUUGAAUUUAUACUGCAGCAUCGGGUUUCUCACCUGUAUCAGCGUGUACCGUUACCUGGCCAUCGUCCAUCCGAUGAAAGUGAUGGGGAGAAUAACUGUGACUCAUUCGGUUAUCAUCUCAGCCAUUGUUUGGACUUUAGUGAGCCUUCAAAGUCUACCAGACAUGUUCUUCCCCAAACACUCAGAAAACAUGACUUUAAAAUGUGUUGACACAACCAUGAGUGAGUAUGUUGAGGUCUACAUGCAGUACAGCUUCAUCUGGACAAUCAUUGGAUUCUGCAUCCCGUCUCUCAUCACGGUGGCCUGCUACGGACAUGUGAUUGUCCUCCUCUGCUGCAAGGAUAACGUUGACAAAGUUCUGAAGCAAAGAAGCAUAAAACUAUUAAUCAUCUUGAUUCUUCUCUUCUCCAUCUGCUACAUCCCCUACCAUGUCCUCAAAAACUUCAACCUCUGGUCAAGAGUUCUUUCCAAACAGGGAAUAUGCCACAAAUGGUUUAACGGAGUCUACAUCGCUCAACGCAUAUGUCGCGGUCUGGUUUGCCUGAACGGCGCUCUCAACCCUCUGGUUUAUCUCCAUGUAGACGAGGAUAUCUCUGCUCAGCUCAGGCAGUUGUGCCAUCGGACUCGGCAAGCUGCAAAUCAGCUCUCUGCAAACACCCAAACUCUUUUCUCAAGCACAUUCAGGAAUACACAAGCUAAUUCCUGAUGUAGCUAUGGGUUUAAAUUGUGUUUAUUAUAUGUUUCUAUGGAAAUUACACAUUAUAUAUAAAAAAAAUAUUUACUAGAUUGUGUGUGGUUUGUGGUGGCAGUGUUAAAUGCAUUGCUUAUUCAAGUGAAAAGCUUAACUGAUGUGUUAAAAACAGGGUGCAGAAGGUUUGAAAUAAAGUGGCUGAAUCAAAUCUGUUGCACAUAAAAGACAUUUGCAACCCACUGGAGGACAUUCAAGUAUUUUAGAAAUAUAAUUAAUACUUUCCACAGGAAACAGAGAGGAUGUCAACUGCUCUGGUACUAUCUCAAUUUUAACAUCCUGGUACUAUCACUGAGUAUUGGUGAAGAUUACACUGAUUACACUGAAGAUUACACAGAUAUGCAGGAAUGUCUUGAAAAAGUCAGAAAAAGACAGAAUUCAUUUCCAUGUUUUCAAAUGUCAGCGUCCUGAAGAUUAAGUUAAGUUUACAUUUCAGCAACAAAGCAGUUCAAAGCAAUUUACAUGAUAAAAAUGUCACAUUGCAAAAGCAAAAUAAGUAAAAAAAACAAUGAAAAAAAAUUAAUUUUGACUAAAACAGCCAUAAAUGGAAGGCAGCUCUGAACAAACGAGGUUUAAGCUUUGAUGUAAAGGAGAAGCCCAGAAGACUUGAGAGGUGUGGAAGGUUGAAACAACCACAAAAACAUUAUUGUGGUGCUAAGCUGUUCAGUGAUUUAUAAACCAACAAAAGCAUUUCGACAUCUGUUCUCUGAGGGAUCAUGAUCCGGUGUGAGGACUUUAGAGUUGAAAUCCAUUGCUUUCCUACUUUUAGAGAAAAUGUAAGCAGCAUCAUUUCUGAUGCUUUCAGGCAGAGACAAGAAGACACUUCAGCAAAGAUAAAUGCAACUAAAGAUAAACCCCUGGAUGAGUUUCUCAUGAUCAUGCUGGAACAUUACCUGCAAACCACCAAUAGUAUUUUAAUCUCAUUUCUAGUGCACAUAUCAUAUUGCAGUUGAAAUAAGAUAAA